GGAGCCUCGGAGCCGCUUUUGCCGCGUUCUGCCGAGAGAAGCAAAGUUGCGGGCGGAUGCUGCCAGCGCCGGACCCCAGCCUCGGAAAGUCGGAACCGCCCCCUCUGGAGGAGCCUCGGUGGCGGAGACACUGGGAAGCUGGUGCGCUGGUGGCUGGGGACAAGAGGAGCAUGUGGGAGAAAAGAUGACCAGGGGCAGCAGCCCGGCCCUGCUCUGUCUGAGCCCAGGUGUCCCCCACCUGAACGAAGAGCCAGGUCCUGAGUGAUGCCCCCGAGCUGAGUGCCCACGGCCCCACCCUUCCCCAUGGAGAAAGGAUUCACUUUGCCCCAGGACUGCCGACACUUUCUGCACAGCCUGAGAAUGAGGAGCAAAUAUGCCCUUUUCCUGGCUUUUGUGGUGGUGGUUUUUGUCUUCAUUGAAAAGGAAAAUAAAAUCAUAUCAAGGGUCUCAGACAAGCUUAAGCAGAUCCCCCAAUCGCUGGUAGAUGCCAAUAGCACGGACCCAGCCCUGGUCUUGGCUGAGAACGCAUCCCUCUUGUCCCUGAGUGAGCUGGAUUCGGCCUUCAAGCAGCUGCAGAGCCGCAUGCGAAACCUCAGUCUACAGCUGGGCAUGGAACCACCGGAGGAGGCGGAGGAGGAGGAGGCAGCGGGGGCAAAGGAGGAAGAGGCUGCAGCUGAGUGGGAACAGGAGCAGGAGGAGCCACGCCCACCCGCCGAGGCCCCGCCCCGGCGCCAUGUGCUCCUCAUGGCCACCACGCGCACCGGCUCCUCGUUUGUGGGCGAGUUCUUCAAUCAGCAGGGCAACAUCUUCUACCUCUUCGAGCCGCUGUGGCACAUUGAGCGCACGGUGUCCUUCGAGCAGGGGGGUGCCAACGCUGCAGGCUCGGCCCUGGUCUACCGCGACGUGCUCAAGCAGCUCUUCCUGUGCGACCUGUACAUCCUGGAGCAUUUCAUCACCCCCCUGCCGGAGGACCACCUGACCCAGUUCGUGUUCCGCCGGGGCUCCAGUCAGUCACUCUGCGAGGACCCGGUCUGCACGCCCCUCAUCAAGAAGGUCUUUGAGAAGUACCCCUGCAAGAACCGCCGCUGCGGCCCCCUCAACAUGACGCUGGCCGCUGAGGCCUGCCGCCGCAAGGAGCACAUGGCGGUCAAGGCUGUCCGCAUCCGGCAACUGGAGUUUCUGCAGCCGCUGGCCGAGGACCCCCGGCUGGACCUGCGCGUCAUCCAGCUGGUGCGGGACCCCCGCGCGGUGCUGGCCUCCCGCAUGGUGGCCUUCGCCGACAAGUACGAGACCUGGAAGAACUGGCUGGCCAAGGGACAGGACCAGCUGAGGGAGGAGGAGGUGCAGCGGCUGAGGGGCAACUGUGAGAGCAUCCGCCUGUCCGCCGAGCUGGGUCUGAAGCAGCCGGCGUGGCUGCGGGGCCGCUACAUGCUGGUACGCUACGAGGACGUGGCCCUCAGGCCGCUGCAGAAGGCCCAGGAGAUGUACCGCUUUGCGGGCAUCCCUUUGACCCCGCAGGUGGAGGACUGGAUCCAGAAGAACACCCAGGCGGCCCACGACGGCAUCUACUCCACGCAGAAGAACUCCUCGGAGCAGUUUGAGAAGUGGCGCUUCAGCAUGCCCUUUAAGCUGGCGCAGGUGGUGCAGGCUGCCUGCGGCCCCGCCAUGCGCCUGUUCGGCUACAAACCCGUGCGAGAUGCCGCCUCGCUCUCCAACCGCUCCGUCAGCCUGCUGGAGGAGCGCGGCAUCUUCUGGGUCACGUAGGGGGCCCGGGGCGAAGAGCACCCCUCCUGGUGAUAGUCCCGUCCUGCCUGCCUCACCCAGGCGAGGGGGGAGACCACAGUGCCCGCAGUGGGCGGGCGGGAAGCGCAGGAAGCGGUGGGGGGGAGUAGGCGGUGCCUCGGCUGUAGAAGUUCAGCCCCCCAGCCUGCCCGCUUCCCGGGCCGCCUGCCCGCUGCAGCUGCCGGUCUGGGGCUUCUGCUGAGCACAAGACAGUGGCUGGUCCUUUUGAGGGCUGUCAGACCCAGACCGAAGGGAUGGUGGUCUCCUGAGCAGACCCAGGCAGGCCUGGGCCUACUGACAAUCCUUUUCUCUCCUGUCUCUCCCAUACACACACACACACACACACACACACACACACACACACACACACACUC